AUGGCCCCGCCGCUGAAACGGCACACUGGAAUUCUGCGUGAAGAGAACAUUGCUCUCCGACAAAUCCUGGGAUAUCGCCUCGAGACCAUUCAAACCUCGCCAUAUAAUCCACCCCAGAUUGGAAAGUACCUGCUCGGCACUUUCAUCAAGGACGUUUUGCUUCUGUCUGUUGAUGUCGACACGGGAGGAGGCUACGAAGCCAUAUCUCCUGAACAGAGUUUCCACAUUGGCUUGUCAAUUUUUGACACUCGGUGUCUUUUACAGAAGCCGGAUGAUCCUCGCGAUGCCAUCCCGUCUUACCAGUUUAUUAAUCGGGAUUCGCGACCGUGCAAAUGGGCCGCCAAGAGCUUCCUCUUUGGAGAGACGGAGUUGAUGACGCUCAAGGACUUUGCAUCGCGGAUUUCUUUGCUCACCAAGGACCGCGAUUACGUCUUGGUCGGGCAUGGGACUGGGGAGGAGGUUAAAGUUCUCAACAAUAUCGACCCUAAGAUUGUGGGCCGAGCCUCGUACGUCUUGGAUACAGUCAAGACAGCGCAGUUUCCUCUACAGUUGUGCUAUCGGUACAGCAUUGAGAAGCUCCUUGAUGAGCUUGGGAUCCGUUAUGCAAAACUUCACGCUGCUGGGAACGAUGCUCAUUUUGUGCUGAAAGCUUCGCUGAUGAUUGCUGUCCGCGAUGGACGGAUGACACCGGAGACUGCUACUCCUGGCGACAAAGAGUUGUUUCGUUACCUUGAGGCUGUUGCGCAUGCCCCGUGUGAUUUGCCGGUUUGGACUGAGACUCCGCCGGCCACUUCCACAUCGCUAAAGCCGAGCAUGAAGCUGGGCAUAAAAGCGAAGCGUCGAUUACGUGCGGAAAGAAAGGCUGCUAGACGCGCGCUUGAGGAGCUACCUUGGGCCGACGACUCAACGACUCAGCAGAUUACGGACGAGAUCAGAGCCGAGGACCUUUCAGACGUCCAAGAGGCCGCAGACGGCGGAGAUCUCACCAAGGGAACAAGAGACACGCUCACCAACAGCCGGCGGGCGGCCCUCACCCAGGACCAUUUCGCGGUAACCGACGUCGGCCGCGCCGGCAAAUGGGACGGCGACCACAUGAGCAACCACCUGAGCCACCUGUUGUCUGUCCAGCAUGGUGUGGCUCGUGAUCGUGCUUGGUUUAAGGACGACUACGUUCCUUACCGGACACAUUUUACCAAUUCCCAGGGUGAAGAGCUUACAGCCAUUGGCGUCGGGACUGUUGCCAUCACCAUCAAGUGGUUAGAUGGCGAACGUACCGAAUUCAUCCUGAGGAACGUUCUGCACUCUCUAGACGUUGCCUGGAACAUAAUCGGGCACCCGAUCAUUGAGGACUACUACAUUGAUCCUAUCGAGCUGCCCUACCAUAUCUGGAAAGUGACAGACAAAGGUUCACCCAUCGCGCGCUUCAGACGCUGGGGAAACAAUGCCGUACUCAGUUUCACUAAACUACCUCGGGGUACUAUACCGGGUCCCGAUGUGCCGCCAACGGAGAAGAUCCUGGCGGUGUAUUGGCCCGAGAUCGAGAGAGAUCGGUUCGCAGAGCUCCACAGAGGCCAUGUUGAUUGCAUGUUUGACUCCGAGAGAGCUUGGCUGAAGGAGAACUGGGGUGACGAGUUCCGGUUUCUACGGGAGCAUCAACUGAACAUGUACAACGAGGAUGAACGCCGCGAGGGGACAUUUAUAAUGAAGAUGACCAUGGCCGAGGAGUCUGACCGACGUCAAAUGCGUAAAGAAAGAGGAUAUGGGGAUUUGAUUGAACAACGCGCCUUCGCGAAUGAGCCCGAAUUGCUUCUGGAUCGCAUCAAUUCGCACCUCGCCAAGCGACACUUUUCAGAUGCUGAGCGAGAAUGGAUUGACGAUCGUUAUGGGGAUCUAAAGACCUUUCUAGAUUGGUUCAGAUAUCGAUUGUAUGAGCCUGAUGAACGUGAGGAAGCAAAGGAAAGGCUGGAGUGGCUCAUGCGGAUCGAUGAAACGUUUAAGGAGGUACCUGUGUGCUACGGGAUGCGAUGA